AUGUAUCAGAUGAAAAUUUCAAAUCCAUAUUUUGUUUUAACAGCUGCAGACAUCAUUCCUGAAAUAAAAAUCAUUAACAAUGGUCAGAAGUUAGAAGACAACUUGAAAAGUUAUCAGCACAAUUAUAAAGAUUCCAUACUGGCACAAACAAGGAAGAUGGGUAAGAAAAUGUUACCAGGAGGAAGACAACAAGAGGAAGAGUUAUUAGUGGAACAUUAUACAGAACUGAGAGUCGUAACCAAUUACCAGCACACAGAGGGUCAGAUUCAACAUGAGAUGUUAGUGAAGGGACAAGAGCAUGAAAAACUCAUGAAGGACAGCUAUAGGAAUAAAUGUGAAAGGAUCACACCGAGCCAGCUUUUCAGGAUAUGUUCUGAAUCCAUGACAUUUCCCAGGGUUGUUCUUGUUUCAGGUGUCCCUGGAAUUGGUAAAACGACAAUGGUACAGAAAAUGCUGUAUGACUGGAUCCAGGGAGAUCAGUACAAGCAGUUUAGCUUUGUUUUUUUGUUCAAAUUCCGAGACAUGAAUCUCUGGGAAGAACCUCUGAACUUGCCUGAAAUGAUUCUAAAGCAGCACAGUUGUUUACGUGAUGUUAUAGAACAAAUACUUGGAAGGCCAAGCACAGUAUUGUUCAUGUUUGAUGGCCUUGAUGAAAGUAAAUCUCCCCUGGAUUUCACUGUAAACCAAAUCUGUAGUGACUUGAGGAAGAGAACUAGUCAUGUAAAUGUUGUUUCCAGCUUGAUGAAACAGACUUUGAUGAAGGGCUGUUCAGUUAUUAUAACAAGUCGUCCAUCUGCCCUGGACCAGAUGGAUUGGUCUUGUAUUCAUCGUUGCACAGAAAUCAUGGGAUUUCUAGAUGAAGACAGACUGAAGUAUUUUAAAAAACAGUUUUCUGAUAGCAAUGGUGCUUUGGAAGCUUUUGAGUAUGUGAGACAGAAUGAUAUUCUGUACACAAUGUGUUUCAAUCCUUCAUAUUGCUGGAUAAUCUGUUCCGUUCUGAAGCAACAUUUUACAGGAAGUCAGAAUGAAAGCUCUUCAUGUCCAAAAACUUUAACUCAGCUUUUUGUUUGCUUUUUAAACAAUAUCCUUACAAAUCACACCUUACCAGGAAGCAUGGACCUUAAGGGACUGCUUUGUAAAGUUAGUCAUCUGGCAUUCAAAGGUGUCUGCAACAAACUUCUAGUAUUUACUGAUACUGAUUUAAAACAGCAGAAGAUUGAAUGCACUCAAGCCAGGUCUAGUUUCUUGCUUGAAUUCUUAGUGCAAGAAGAAUCAUUUCAGAGAACAAUGUACACAUUUUUGCAUCUCACAGUGCAAGAAUGCCUUGGAGCACUGUGGUAUUUCCUGGGCUCAGAGCAAAAUAUAUUAGAUAUUCUGAAAAGUGAACAGAAUCAGGAUGGUCGUUUGGAGAUUCUGAUACGUUUUCUGGCAGGUCUUUCUCACCCUCCUACAUCAUACCCAUUGCAGAAAAUCCUGGGUCCAUUUCCUGUUGAGAAACAAGUUGAGAUACUGAAAUGGCUCAAAGGUUUGGCUGAAUAUUCAAUCAAGCAUUUAGCACAAGACAGUUGGAGUGAAAAGGAUAAGAACUUAGACCCACUCAAAGUGUUUCAUUACCUGUUUGAGAGUCAGAAUGUGGAAUUAAUCAGAGAGACUGUGGGGACACUUAAAUGUUUCACUUUAGAAAAUCAAACCUUAAACCCAGUGGAUUGUUAUGUUUUAAACUAUAUCAUAGUAACUUCCGGUGGAAUUACAGAACUUCAGCUGGAUAAAACUCAAAUCCCAAUGGAUGGGAUCUGUAAACUGAAGGAAGCUUUCUGUCUCUGCACAAGUAUCAGCCUGAAGUUUAACAAUAUUGGAGAUGAAGGAGCAAAAUAUCUGUCCAAAGCCGUGCAGAGUCCAAACAGUAAAAUACAGAAGCUAGAGUAA